GAAAUACAAAAGAGGAAGAAGAUUCGUGGGAUUCAUGCGCAUCUCUCCCUCUCAUAUUCUCUUCUCCUUCCUUUUUUCUUGUCCAAGUGCCCACUUUUCCACUCACCUUCCCAAAUCAACUCCUCCUUCCUGCUGUCCUCUCCUCCUCCUCCUCCUCCUCCUCAUAAACACUCAACCCCUCCCGCCUCCCUCCUUGACUCAGCACGCACAUCUUCUGGGAAAUUGAGAAGAAUAUUCAACUUUUCCUUUUGAUGCCAGCAAUCUUGCUGGCAAUCAUACUUAUGACAUUAUGAGUCACCAGAGUACAUUCAAUCCCAGUAAAACCCUAGAGGGUGUGCAUGGCAUCCAUGUUGUCCCUCAUUCUCCAUUUGCUUUGAAAGAGAUCAAUCAACAGGGGGACUUCCCCCAAUCAACCUGUGAAAGUUCAGGCAAUGGAUUGAAUCAGCUGCUGUUGAUGCAGAGAGUAUGGCAGCAAAGACCAGGAUGUUUGAGGCCUAUCCAGGGCUGUAUUCAUGGUGAUCAACAUCUUGCAGAAACAGUUGCCAAUGUGAUUACUUCUCUUCCUUUUAUUGCUCUCGGUAUCCAGGCUCCAAGGAAGAACUUGAAUACUAAGUUGUAUGCUAACUCAUUAAUUGGAGUUGGAGUUGCCUCAAGUUUGUAUCAUUCUUCAAGAGGAAAGCUGAGGAAGUAUUUGAGAUGGUUUGACUAUACAAUGAUAGCCACAGCGACAGUAUGUUUGUCAAGGGCCCUACGAAAUGAGAACCCAAAGUUUUUGAUGGCUGCAUCUGCAGCAUUAUUGCCUAUCCAGCCUCUGAUGGUCUCUGCUAUUCAUACAGGGAUGAUGGAGGUAGCAUUUGCAAAAAGGGCAUUAAAAGAUCCCGAUCUAAGGAUGGCACAUAAUUUGCAUAAGAUGUCAUCGUUGUUGGGGGGUGUUCUUUUCAUUGCUGAUGAUUGCUUUCCCAGUACUCCUUUCCUUCAUGCUGGGUGGCAUCUUGCUGCAGCUAUUGGUGUUGGCACCUGCAACAAGCUUCUUAAGUAGUGUAUAUAUCUCAGAUCACUUUCUUAUGAUUCAUUUAUCCUUUGGGCUGCAGCUUCUCCUCAAACACCAGGAUGGGUAUAAAUUUCGUGCCUUCCUUCAACCAGGUAAGGAGAGGAAGGGAUAGAUUUGCUCUUUUCAGUUAGAUUCUUGCAGCUGAACGGUCCAACCAUUGUUGGGUUUUUGUAAUUUCUUCCUGUCUAGUUUCAUUUAGCCAUUCCCAACAUCUAAAAAGAAAUGCAGUUGCUGUAUUUAUUCAGCACAAGAGCUAUUUAUCUGAUACUCUAAUUAGAGAUGUGUGGCAUUUUCAUUUUCUGUUUAUAUAUCACAAUCAGCAGUAUGAAAGAGAGAAUUGCUUCAUCUGCUUUUGAUCAAAUGUAGAACCCAGCUAUCAAUUGCUAUUAUCAAUCAGUUAUAUUUUUCACUCAA